GUCCCCCAUAACAGAUGGUUAAUGUCCAUGCAAUUGCCCUACUCGUUUGUCCAUCGAGGCUUGAAUCGCACGUAAAUACACAUCUCUUCUUUUUUUUUUUAUUCAACGCAGUCGAUAUUGCCAUCUGUUCUGUCUUACGAAACGAUGGCUCCACCGAGUGUUCCGGAAUAUAACCCAUAUGAGCUGCAAACAGUUGAAGACGCCAAUGGAAGGGUUUCCGAUCCCAGCCCAUACUUUGGCAAUUUUCAAGUAGAUGAAAGGGAUAAAAAGACGCCUGACGAAUGGAUUAGGCGGAAUCCGGAUUUGCUUAGACUGACGGGACGCCAUCCUUUCAACUGUGAAGCACCUUUAGAAAAACUAAUUGAGAAGGGAUGGAUCACGCCGACUGAUUUACAUUAUGUGAGGAAUCAUGGUGCAGUACCUAAACUGGAAUGGGGCAAGCAUCGGUUGCAUGUCGGGGGACUUGUAUCAUCCCCGCAAACGUUUACAAUGUCAGAUCUUGCUGCUCUCCCAUCCGCAACCUUUCCCAUCCUCCUCGUCUGUGCUGGCAACCGGCGUAAAGAGCAAAACAUGACUCGCCAAACGAUAGGCUUUAGCUGGGGUCCUUCGGGAUUGUCCAAUUCCAUUUGGAAGGGCGUCCUGCUAAGAGACCUUUUGUUGCAAUGUGGUGCACCUGAUCCCUUGGGAAUUGUCGAGGACGGAGUCGUCAUGCCAAAGUGGGUCAUAUUCCAAGGGGCCGAGGAUCUGCCAAAGGGAAAAUAUGGGACGAGCAUCGCGUAUGAUGUGGCCAUGGAUCCUAGAUGUGAUCUGUUGGUUGCGUAUGAGCAGAAUGGGGAGCCAUUAGCUCCCGAUCAUGGUUUUCCCGUUCGUAUCGUCAUCCCAGGUCAUAUCGGCGGCCGUAUGGUAAAAUGGCUUGCGCGCAUCAUUGUCAGUACAGAAGAAGACUCUAGUCAUUACCAUUUUCACGAUAAUCGGGUCUUGCCCCCCAACGUUGACGCCCAAAUUGCAACGGCCGAAGGAUGGUGGUACAAGCCAGAGUAUAUUAUCAACGAACUUGGAAUCAACAGCGUCAUCACCUCCCCUACUCACGAUGAGCUCAUCCCCAUCACUAUAGAUGGUGGAUACAAGUUCCGUGGAUAUGCAUACACAGGAGGUGGCCGAGCCAUCACCAGGGUAGAAGUGUCCUUCAACCAUGGUGAACGAUGGGAAUUGGCAAAACUGCUGCCCUACCCUGUUGAGCAUAUUCGACGGGGAAAAUAUUGGUCAUGGUUUUGGUGGGAACUUGAUGUUAAGGAUGUGAGAGACUUGUGCGGAUGUACACAAGUUUGGGUUAGAGCAUGGGAGGGACAAAACACACAACCUGAAAAACUGACUUGGAAUGUUAUGGGUAUGAUGAACAACUGCUACUUUCGCCUUCACGUUCAUGUGCAGAAAACGGCCACGGGCAUAUCACUCCGUUUCCAGCAACCCGCCCCGGUAGUGGGUGACGGAUGGAUGAUCAAGCCACCAGAAGAUCACCAGGCGGCAGCAAAACCAACCAUCAAAAAGGAUGAGACAAAGGAGUUACGAGUAUUUUCCAUGUCGGACGUUGAAAAACAUUCUUCAGAGGAAGACUGUUGGAUUGUCGUCAAUGGAAAUGUGUAUGAUUGUACAAAGUUUUUAGAUGAUCAUCCUGGAGGACCAGAGAGUAUUGUUAUCAGCGCCGGUACAGACUGCACCGAAGAAUUCGAUGCCAUUCAUAGUUCCAAAGCCCACGAUAUGCUCAAGGACUACCUUAUCGGCACCAUCGCAAAAACCCCUUCAGCCCCGAUACCUGCUUCAACGAAACCUGUUGCGCCCGUUGAGGAACUCAUUGCCCUCAACCCCCGUGUCUAUGCUCCCUUCAAAUUGAUUGAGAAACAGAAAUUAUCUCAUGAUACCCGGCUCUUUCGAUUCGCUUUACCUUCACCAGACCACCGUCUUGGCCUUCCACCUGGCAAACACAUGUACAUAUCCGCACAGGUUAACGGCAAGUUGGUGAUUCGAGGUUAUACCCCCGUUUCAACAGACGAAGAAAAGGGCUUUUUUGAUCUAGUUGUCAAGAUCUACCUGCCAGAUCGGCAUCCAUCCUUCCCAGAAGGUGGCGUCCUUACUCCAUGGCUCGAUGCUCUCCCUAUCGGGGCUGAGAUAAAAGCCAAGGGUCCAUUAGGCAGCAUUGUCUACCUGGGUCAAGGAACAUUUACACUUCCCAAACACAAGCAACCCAAGGCCGUGCAACGAAUCAGUUUAAUCGCAGGCGGUACCGGCAUAACCCCAUGCUACCAGAUUCUCCGUGCUGUCCUCUCUGACCAAUCAACCGCCGCUCAAAACAUUCGUAUAUGGCUUCUCUACGCCUGCCGAACCGACCGGGAUAUUCUGCUUUUGAAGGAGAUUAACGAAUUGGCCGAGAAAUGGAAGGGACGAGUGAGAGUUUGGUAUACUCUCAGUGGUGCCUGUCCGAAUGGCUGGAUGUACGGAACGGGAAGAGUGAAUAAGGACAUGGUGGCCGAACGUUGUGCGCCUGGCGGGGACGGGAGUUUGGCGUUGGUGUGUGGACCGGAUGGAAUGGUCAGUGCGGUCAUGGAGUGUUUAGGUGAGGCGGGGUACGCAGAAGACAGCCGCUUUGCAUUCUAGAUGGAUAACAGCGUGGAUAGAAAAUGGACAUGGGGACCUAACUAUCAUUGAUCACGAUAUCAAAAUAUGCCAUAUAAACCUGGAAUGAACAUAUACAUGUAUGCAAAUAUUUGACAACAAAAC